CAAACCCGCCUCUCUCGGCCUAACACUCGAUAAACAAGCCGCGGUGUCUCCUGAGCGGCCGGCCGGGUGCUGUCGCCUCGACUGCGGCGGUUUGUGUUUUUAAGCGAGGGCAGCACCGCCGGCGAUCAUGGCAGGGACGUGCCCCUUCGUGGAGGACAGUUUCAGCCGCUUUUCCUCGCAGAGCAACAUCUACGGGCUGUGCGCGGCGGGGGGACGGGACAUGCUCGCCGCCACUCUCAAAGGCAAAGUCAUGUGCUUCAGAUACCAGGACCUCCGGCAGAAAAUCCGCCCGGUUGCCAAGGAGGUUCAGUUCACCUACAUCCCGGUGGACGCAGAGAUCGUUUCCAUCGACGCGUUUCACAAAUCUCCCCCCAAGCGAGGGCUGGUUGUGGGCAUCACUUUUAUCAAGGACUCUGGUGACAAGGCCAGCCAUUUCCUCAAUAUCUACUGUGACUAUGAACCCGGGUCCGAAUACAACCUGGACUCCAUUGCACAGAGCUGUUUGAAUCUGGAGCUUCAGUUCACCCCUUUUCAGCUCUAUCAUGCAGAAGUUCAACGUGGAGGGGAAAUUGAAACUGUGUUCUUGCUGAGUGGACAUGAUCAGAGGAUUCACCUGUACAAAGAGCUUGCUGUGUCGCAGUGCCCUGUGCUAAGUUGUACCCCCCCCCCUGUCCCCUUCAGUGUCCUCUGGAUGGACGUGGUCUCUGUCGCCGGCUCGUCCCGCAGGAUCACUGCGUUCGGAUGCCAGAGUGGCUGCGUGGGCGUGGCCCUCGUAGACCAGGAGAGACACGAGGUUCUGCAGAGCUGGCGGGUCCAGCAGGACGGUCCGAUCUCCACCGUGCUGCUCUUCACCCUCCGAGAGCAGAACCAGACUGGACCCGGCUCGGGGGAGCCGCCCUUCAACCUGUUGGUCACCAGCACCAUGGAGAUGGCUGUGGUAUACCGGGACGUGCUGUCCCGGGGGCUCCAGUCCCAGGCCCCGCUCCCAGGCAGCGAGCUUCACGACUCGGUGCUCUGCGCCCUCGUGACCGACCUGGACUUCGACGGGGAGCCAGAGGUGCUGCUGGGGACCUAUGGACAGGUACUCCUCUGCUACAAGUUCCUGUUUCCUCAGGAGAGGGGGCGUGGCCUGGAGGAGCCAGGGGGGCAGUUCGAGCUGGUGUGGAGGCGGAGCUUCCAGAGCCCCCUGCUGUCAAUCCGCUACGUGGACCUGACGUGUGACGGGCUGUGUGAGCUGGCGGUCUUAUCACUGAAGGGUCUGCAUGUGCUGCAGCACAGCCUCACUCACACGGCGGACAUUGUCCUGCAGCGGCUUCGCCAGAGGGUGGCGCUGUUACACGAAGAGGAGAGAAAAAAGGAGGGAGAAGAGAAGACAGAUGAGGAGGAGGAGGAGGAGGAGGGAGAGAAGGAGAGACUGUGAGGCGUGAGGCGUGAGGGGACCCUUCCUGACCUUACUGGAGAGGAGUCCGUUCAACCCGUCAGCGAGGGUCCGGUUCCGAGCAGCUGACUGACCUCAGAACUGUUGGGUCUUGAAGGAUCCCAGUGAUUCAGCAUAGACAGCGAGGCUCAGCAGGGAUGGGAAUGAGACUCCUGCUGCAC